CUGCAACUCAUCUCGUUUUAUUGUUUGACAGAAAGAGGCAGAAAACGGAUGUACGUUUAUUCUUUUGCUGGUACUAACGUGGUGUAAAGGUGCCGUAUUCCAUUUGCUUUGCUGUGAAAAUAUUUAUUAUCUGCUAAAUUACUUCGACAAUGGCUGACGAAUACUUCUAUGGAGCUACCUUGAAGGAAGGUAGCAAAACAGUGACAUGGGAUCCUGACAACAAAGCUGAUGAAUACCCACGAACACAUAAGCUUAUCAUCAAGCAAUGCAUUCUCGGACAUGAAGCAGCAGCUGAAGAAUUUAAUGUCGUACAGGUCGAAACAAUGACUAUCAGAGACACGUUACGCAUUCCAAUCGCUGUGCUUAAGGUUGGCGAAGCCCGGCAGUGCCGUCUGGAUUUGGAGUUCUCUGAUUCGCCAGUUACAUUCACGUUGGUAGAAGGAAAGGGACCAGUACACAUUCAUGGACAGCAUCUUCUCGGCUCUUUAGUCGAAGAGUUUGAAGAUAUGGAAGAGAUGGAGGAGGAGGUUCCCGAGGAAGAAGAUGAUGAUGAGGAUGACGAUGAGGAGGGUGGCCCACAGAAGAAGAAACAGAAGCUAACUAACAACGCCAAGGGUAAGCCAAAUGCGGGGCCUGCUGGUAGUAAUAACGCUAAAAAUAGCAAAAAGAAAUAGGCUGUCCCAUUUCGGACACCAUGAACGAAGCGAACUGAGUCCAUUGUAAGUGAAUUCGGUCGUUUUUCUAACUACCCUAAGCAACUCCCUUCAGAAUACAUUAAACAACAUACACAUCUGAAACAGCACAUACAACUAAUAACAAAUGUAAACGAGUGAAAAUGUUCACAUGGACACUCGGGAGAAUAUUCAACUGUUCCUCUUUCAUACAAAAAAAAAUCAACCAGAGCGAAAAAAGUUGAUCUUCUUUCGACUAAAUUACAAUCUAAAUAACAUUAAAAGAUAAACUUAGAUGAUAAGAUCACUCCAAAUGCCCAAACCUAGGCUCUGUUUCUGUCGCUCGCGCCCAUCUGCGGGCGUAUGGUAUAUAUACUUUAGUAUAGACAAACAUUUUUUUUUUUGAAAAGAAAGUAUAGUUGGACAUGGAAUAAAGAUGUUGAAAUUUAAUUUGCAAGUGUUUGAUUCUGAUCAACACAUAAUAUUCACCCUUUUAACACGCGAUCCAUCAGUUAAUGAAACAAAUGGCAUUUGUGGAAAGAAAAUAUCAGUCAUGUCAGAUCGUGUUGAGCAGCCAGAUAAUAUUGGCAGAGUCCAGACAAAACUAUUGAAUGCAAAGCAGAAUGAGGGCUGAAGGAGGAGGUACAACAAAUGGAAGAAAAUAAAAAAAAUACAUUAAGAUGA